AGCUAUGAGUGAUGAGCUGGAGGACUCCCAAAAGGAGGAGGCAAAACUAAUCUACCAACACUUCAUUCAAGCCUACCUAUCAAGAAAGGACUUACCAGAGCCUGGCUGCACACAAAGUGUGAAUGGCAGUGCAGAAUGGCUGAAGGAAAAUCUUGGAAUUUUUUCCAACUUAGCAAGUCUGAAGGAGCUUAAACAAAUCAACAAAAACUUCUCUGCAAAAAACAGUUUGGAAACACUCUCACUGAAGCAGAAGGCUGAGCUGUUCCUGGAUCCAGAAAAUGGAGCUUUGGAGGAUGAGGCCGUGGUAAAAAACGUGUUGACAAGCUUCAUAGAGUCACCAGAUGAUGACGAGUUUAAGGACUUUUUGAAAGCAUUUGCAGAAAACAACAAGCAGAAAAACAUCACCCUCAUCAAAAAUCCAGGCGUGCGAGACACAAUCUUGAACCUGACUUUGACGGCCCUUGCGCCUGAAUUGGAAGAAUAUGGGCCUGAGGAAUAUGAGACGUUGUUCCAGGACCAGUUGGCUCCUGUCUUGGCGAGCCUCCACCCUGGCAGCUUGGCGGUUAUCCCCAAUAACAUCAGUUGUCCCUCCUACGGAGCUAUACUCGCUGCUCUUAGGGAAAAUGUGGAAUCCCUGCCAUUGCAACUUUCGGACAGCCUGAGAUCAAGCAUAAAGUCACUGAAGGAGAGAUUCACACGUUGCUCCCUUCCAGACUCCUUCACGUGCAAGAAAACCCCGGUCAAUGAGAAACUCAUCUGUGCUGCAGUCGAUAGAUCACACGUCCAAGAAACACUAUCUGUUUACAAUUCCUCUGAAGCGCUGUGUCGUUUUACCAUCACUGAGCAUGCUUGUGCCUGGGCUACACGUCUUACAGCCAGCAAUUUGGUCACACUGAUGAACUGCACACUGGAUAGCAACAGGACGUACUCGACAGAGGUCUGGAAGCUAUUAUUCCAAAAAGCUUCUGCUGAACUAGACAAGGCUCUUGAGACAUUCGCAACCAUGGCACCACCCAACAGCAACCCAUCCUUGACACAUGCGCUUGAGGCUCUUGGUGAAGUCAGAAUUGCCAACUUCAGCCAGACACAACUGCAGAGUGAUGACUUUGUCAGCAGCUGGUUCCAGACAAAUAUUCGUCCGUUUUUGGCCUCCACAACCCCCAACUUCCUGUUCUGCCUCAGCACCAACAACUUCAGCUGCGAGACGUACCAGACUGUCAUCAAGGCACUCAGCAGUCAAAUGGCAUCCAUGGACAGAGGACAGCAGCAAGCAGUCUACACUCAUUUCAUCCAGCCAUUCCUUUCAAGAAAUGACUCAUCAGAUCCUGGCUGUGUCUCCUUCAACAGAGGCAGUAAAGAGUGGUUCCAGGCAAACCUUGGCAAGUUCUCUGGUUUUGCAACACUUCGGGAUCUACAAGGUCUCAAUGCCAACUUCUCCAGCGCCGAAUUGUUGGCAGUGCUCACUCCCUCUCAGCUGGCAGAGUUGACACUGAGCUCAGGAGCAUUGAAUGACACCGAUCUCAUUGACCGUGUGUUUGAGCGACUCCAUGAGGGCGAUGCUCUGGAAAAUGUGGAAGAAUUCCUGACACAGCUGCCAGCAAAUGGAAAGGGCCCGGAUUUACCACCUGAUGUGAGAGACCGUGUAAUGAAUCAGACCUUCAGCAUUAUCAGUCCCCAAUUCAAACACUUCAAGGAAGAAGACUGGUUUGAGUGGUUCCAUAUUCUCCUGGUUCCUGUCCUCCAAAGUUUCAGUCCAAUGAUGCUCAAGAGUGCAACCGCAAACAUUAGCUGCACAAACUACCAAGUCAUUGUGAGGGGGAUGAGCAAAGCUUCCCGUGCAAAGCCCUUCAAAACUCAAAAAGACAUUGCAAAGGUCUUGCUUGAAUAUCUGAAAAGGUCUGCCAGUUCCAUCAACAAGCCAGUUUGCAGACAGGGAAAUCAGAGUGAUGCGGAAUGGCUUAAAGCAAACUUGGGUGCAUUUUCCCAAAAUGUACCAUACUCUGACCUCAAAGCCUUCAACCUUUCUGCGAUGGCAGUCGUGGACUCCCUCUCACCAGCGCAGAAGGCUGAGCUGAUCCUCGAUCCAGACAGUGGAGCUGUGGAGGACGAGGCCUUCCUAAGGGAGGUGUUGAUGAGCUUGACACAGUCACCUGAUGAUGAGGACUUUGAACAGUUCUUAAUUGCUUUUGCAAAAACCAGCAAGCAGAAAAACAUCACCCUCAUCAAAAAUCCAGGCGUGCGAGACACAAUCUUGAACCUGACUUUGACGGCCCUUGCGCCUGAAUUGGAAGAAUAUGGGCCUGAGGAAUAUGAGACGUUGUUCCAGGACCAGUUGGCUCCUGUCUUGGCGAGCCUCCACCCUGGCAGCUUGGCGGUUAUCCCCAAUAACAUCAGUUGUCCCUCCUACGGAGCUAUACUCGCUGCUCUUAGGGAAAAUGUGGAAUCCCUGCCAUUGCAACUUUCGGACAGCCUGAGAUCAAGCAUAAAGUCACUGAAGGAGAGAUUCACACGUUGCUCCCUUCCAGACUCCUUCACGUGCAAGAAAACCCCGGUCAAUGAGAAACUCAUCUGUGCUGCAGUCGAUAGAUCACACGUCCAAGAAACACUAUCUGUUUACAAUUCCUCUGAAGCGCUGUGUCGUUUUACCAUCACUGAGCAUGCUUGUGCCUGGGCUACACGUCUUACAGCCAGCAAUUUGGUCACACUGAUGAACUGCACACUGGAUAGCAACAGGACGUACUCGACAGAGGUCUGGAAGCUAUUAUUCCAAAAAGCUUCUGCUGAACUAGACAAGGCUCUUGAGACAUUCGCAACCAUGGCACCACCCAACAGCAACCCAUCCUUGACACAUGCGCUUGAGGCUCUUGGUGAAGUCAGAAUUGCCAACUUCAGCCAGACACAACUGCAGAGUGAUGACUUUGUCAGCAGCUGGUUCCAGACAAAUAUUCGUCCGUUUUUGGCCUCCACAACCCCCAACUUCCUGUUCUGCCUCAGCACCAACAACUUCAGCUGCGAGACGUACCAGACUGUCAUCAAGGCACUCAGCAGUCAAAUGGCAUCCAUGGACAGAGGACAGCAGCAAGCAGUCUACACUCAUUUCAUCCAGCCAUUCCUUUCAAGAAAUGACUCAUCAGAUCCUGGCUGUGUCUCCUUCAACAGAGGCAGUAAAGAGUGGUUCCAGGCAAACCUUGGCAAGUUCUCUGGUUUUGCAACACUUCGGGAUCUACAAGGUCUCAAUGCCAACUUCUCCAGCGCCGAAUUGUUGGCAGUGCUCACUCCCUCUCAGCUGGCAGAGUUGACACUGAGCUCAGGAGCAUUGAAUGACACCGAUCUCAUUGACCGUGUGUUUGAGCGACUCCAUGAGGGCGAUGCUCUGGAAAAUGUGGAAGAAUUCCUGACACAGCUGCCAGCAAAUGGAAAGGGCCCGGAUUUACCACCUGAUGUGAGAGACCGUGUAAUGAAUCAGACCUUCAGCAUUAUCAGUCCCCAAUUCAAACACUUCAAGGAAGAAGACUGGUUUGAGUGGUUCCAUAUUCUCCUGGUUCCUGUCCUCCAAAGUUUCAGUCCAAUGAUGCUCAAGAGUGCAACCGCAAACAUUAGCUGCACAAACUACCAAGUCAUUGUGAGGGGGAUGAGCAAAGCUUCCCGUGCAAAGCCCUUCAAAACUCAAAAAGACAUUGCAAAGGUCUUGCUUGAAUAUCUGAAAAGGUCUGCCAGUUCCAUCAACAAGCCAGUUUGCAGACAGGGAAAUCAGAGUGAUGCGGAAUGGCUUAAAGCAAACUUGGGUGCAUUUUCCCAAAAUGUACCAUACUCUGACCUCAAAGCCUUCAACCUUUCUGCGAUGGCAGUCGUGGACUCCCUCUCACCAGCGCAGAAGGCUGAGCUGAUCCUCGAUCCAGACAGUGGAGCUGUGGAGGACGAGGCCUUCCUAAGGGAGGUGUUGAUGAGCUUGACACAGUCACCUGAUGAUGAGGACUUUGAACAGUUCUUAAUUGCUUUUGCAAAAACCAGCAAGCAGAAAAACAUCACCCUCAUCAAAAAUCCAGGCGUGCGAGACACAAUCUUGAACCUGACUUUGACGGCCCUUGCGCCUGAAUUGGAAGAAUAUGGGCCUGAGGAAUAUGAGACGUUGUUCCAGGACCAGUUGGCUCCUGUCUUGGCGAGCCUCCACCCUGGCAGCUUGGCGGUUAUCCCCAAUAACAUCAGUUGUCCCUCCUACGGAGCUAUACUCGCUGCUCUUAGGGAAAAUGUGGAAUCCCUGCCAUUGCAACUUUCGGACAGCCUGAGAUCAAGCAUAAAGUCACUGAAGGAGAGAUUCACACGUUGCUCCCUUCCAGACUCCUUCACGUGCAAGAAAACCCCGGUCAAUGAGAAACUCAUCUGUGCUGCAGUCGAUAGAUCACACGUCCAAGAAACACUAUCUGUUUACAAUUCCUCUGAAGCGCUGUGUCGUUUUACCAUCACUGAGCAUGCUUGUGCCUGGGCUACACGUCUUACAGCCAGCAAUUUGGUCACACUGAUGAACUGCACACUGGAUAGCAACAGGACGUACUCGACAGAGGUCUGGAAGCUAUUAUUCCAAAAAGCUUCUGCUGAACUAGACAAGGCUCUUGAGACAUUCGCAACCAUGGCACCACCCAACAGCAACCCAUCCUUGACACAUGCGCUUGAGGCUCUUGGUGAAGUCAGAAUUGCCAACUUCAGCCAGACACAACUGCAGAGUGAUGACUUUGUCAGCAGCUGGUUCCAGACAAAUAUUCGUCCGUUUUUGGCCUCCACAACCCCCAACUUCCUGUUCUGCCUCAGCACCAACAACUUCAGCUGCGAGACGUACCAGACUGUCAUCAAGGCACUCAGCAGUCAAAUGGCAUCCAUGGACAGAGGACAGCAGCAAGCAGUCUACACUCAUUUCAUCCAGCCAUUCCUUUCAAGAAAUGACUCAUCAGAUCCUGGCUGUGUCUCCUUCAACAGAGGCAGUAAAGAGUGGUUCCAGGCAAACCUUGGCAAGUUCUCUGGUUUUGCAACACUUCGGGAUCUACAAGGUCUCAAUGCCAACUUCUCCAGCGCCGAAUUGUUGGCAGUGCUCACUCCCUCUCAGCUGGCAGAGUUGACACUGAGCUCAGGAGCAUUGAAUGACACCGAUCUCAUUGACCGUGUGUUUGAGCGACUCCAUGAGGGCGAUGCUCUGGAAAAUGUGGAAGAAUUCCUGACACAGCUGCCAGCAAAUGGAAAGGGCCCGGAUUUACCACCUGAUGUGAGAGACCGUGUAAUGAAUCAGACCUUCAGCAUUAUCAGUCCCCAAUUCAAACACUUCAAGGAAGAAGACUGGUUUGAGUGGUUCCAUAUUCUCCUGGUUCCUGUCCUCCAAAGUUUCAGUCCAAUGAUGCUCAAGAGUGCAACCGCAAACAUUAGCUGCACAAACUACCAAGUCAUUGUGAGGGGGAUGAGCAAAGCUUCCCGUGCAAAGCCCUUCAAAACUCAAAAAGACAUUGCAAAGGUCUUGCUUGAAUAUCUGAAAAGGUCUGCCAGUUCCAUCAACAAGCCAGUUUGCAGACAGGGAAAUCAGAGUGAUGCGGAAUGGCUUAAAGCAAACUUGGGUGCAUUUUCCCAAAAUGUACCAUACUCUGACCUCAAAGCCUUCAACCUUUCUGCGAUGGCAGUCGUGGACUCCCUCUCACCAGCGCAGAAGGCUGAGCUGAUCCUCGAUCCAGACAGUGGAGCUGUGGAGGACGAGGCCUUCCUAAGGGAGGUGUUGAUGAGCUUGACACAGUCACCUGAUGAUGAGGACUUUGAACAGUUCUUAAUUGCUUUUGCAAAAACCAGCAAGCAGAAAAACAUCACCCUCAUCAAAAAUCCAGGCGUGCGAGACACAAUCUUGAACCUGACUUUGACGGCCCUUGCGCCUGAAUUGGAAGAAUAUGGGCCUGAGGAAUAUGAGACGUUGUUCCAGGACCAGUUGGCUCCUGUCUUGGCGAGCCUCCACCCUGGCAGCUUGGCGGUUAUCCCCAAUAACAUCAGUUGUCCCUCCUACGGAGCUAUACUCGCUGCUCUUAGGGAAAAUGUGGAAUCCCUGCCAUUGCAACUUUCGGACAGCCUGAGAUCAAGCAUAAAGUCACUGAAGGAGAGAUUCACACGUUGCUCCCUUCCAGACUCCUUCACGUGCAAGAAAACCCCGGUCAAUGAGAAACUCAUCUGUGCUGCAGUCGAUAGAUCACACGUCCAAGAAACACUAUCUGUUUACAAUUCCUCUGAAGCGCUGUGUCGUUUUACCAUCACUGAGCAUGCUUGUGCCUGGGCUACACGUCUUACAGCCAGCAAUUUGGUCACACUGAUGAACUGCACACUGGAUAGCAACAGGACGUACUCGACAGAGGUCUGGAAGCUAUUAUUCCAAAAAGCUUCUGCUGAACUAGACAAGGCUCUUGAGACAUUCGCAACCAUGGCACCACCCAACAGCAACCCAUCCUUGACACAUGCGCUUGAGGCUCUUGGUGAAGUCAGAAUUGCCAACUUCAGCCAGACACAACUGCAGAGUGAUGACUUUGUCAGCAGCUGGUUCCAGACAAAUAUUCGUCCGUUUUUGGCCUCCACAACCCCCAACUUCCUGUUCUGCCUCAGCACCAACAACUUCAGCUGCGAGACGUACCAGACUGUCAUCAAGGCACUCAGCAGUCAAAUGGCAUCCAUGGACAGAGGACAGCAGCAAGCAGUCUACACUCAUUUCAUCCAGCCAUUCCUUUCAAGAAAUGACUCAUCAGAUCCUGGCUGUGUCUCCUUCAACAGAGGCAGUAAAGAGUGGUUCCAGGCAAACCUUGGCAAGUUCUCUGGUUUUGCAACACUUCGGGAUCUACAAGGUCUCAAUGCCAACUUCUCCAGCGCCGAAUUGUUGGCAGUGCUCACUCCCUCUCAGCUGGCAGAGUUGACACUGAGCUCAGGAGCAUUGAAUGACACCGAUCUCAUUGACCGUGUGUUUGAGCGACUCCAUGAGGGCGAUGCUCUGGAAAAUGUGGAAGAAUUCCUGACACAGCUGCCAGCAAAUGGAAAGGGCCCGGAUUUACCACCUGAUGUGAGAGACCGUGUAAUGAAUCAGACCUUCAGCAUUAUCAGUCCCCAAUUCAAACACUUCAAGGAAGAAGACUGGUUUGAGUGGUUCCAUAUUCUCCUGGUUCCUGUCCUCCAAAGUUUCAGUCCAAUGAUGCUCAAGAGUGCAACCGCAAACAUUAGCUGCACAAACUACCAAGUCAUUGUGAGGGGGAUGAGCAAAGCUUCCCGUGCAAAGCCCUUCAAAACUCAAAAAGACAUUGCAAAGGUCUUGCUUGAAUAUCUGAAAAGGUCUGCCAGUUCCAUCAACAAGCCAGUUUGCAGACAGGGAAAUCAGAGUGAUGCGGAAUGGCUUAAAGCAAACUUGGGUGCAUUUUCCCAAAAUGUACCAUACUCUGACCUCAAAGCCUUCAACCUUUCUGCGAUGGCAGUCGUGGACUCCCUCUCACCAGCGCAGAAGGCUGAGCUGAUCCUCGAUCCAGACAGUGGAGCUGUGGAGGACGAGGCCUUCCUAAGGGAGGUGUUGAUGAGCUUGACACAGUCACCUGAUGAUGAGGACUUUGAACAGUUCUUAAUUGCUUUUGCAAAAACCAGCAAGCAGAAAAACAUCACCCUCAUCAAAAAUCCAGGCGUGCGAGACACAAUCUUGAACCUGACUUUGACGGCCCUUGCGCCUGAAUUGGAAGAAUAUGGGCCUGAGGAAUAUGAGACGUUGUUCCAGGACCAGUUGGCUCCUGUCUUGGCGAGCCUCCACCCUGGCAGCUUGGCGGUUAUCCCCAAUAACAUCAGUUGUCCCUCCUACGGAGCUAUACUCGCUGCUCUUAGGGAAAAUGUGGAAUCCCUGCCAUUGCAACUUUCGGACAGCCUGAGAUCAAGCAUAAAGUCACUGAAGGAGAGAUUCACACGUUGCUCCCUUCCAGACUCCUUCACGUGCAAGAAAACCCCGGUCAAUGAGAAACUCAUCUGUGCUGCAGUCGAUAGAUCACACGUCCAAGAAACACUAUCUGUUUACAAUUCCUCUGAAGCGCUGUGUCGUUUUACCAUCACUGAGCAUGCUUGUGCCUGGGCUACACGUCUUACAGCCAGCAAUUUGGUCACACUGAUGAACUGCACACUGGAUAGCAACAGGACGUACUCGACAGAGGUCUGGAAGCUAUUAUUCCAAAAAGCUUCUGCUGAACUAGACAAGGCUCUUGAGACAUUCGCAACCAUGGCACCACCCAACAGCAACCCAUCCUUGACACAUGCGCUUGAGGCUCUUGGUGAAGUCAGAAUUGCCAACUUCAGCCAGACACAACUGCAGAGUGAUGACUUUGUCAGCAGCUGGUUCCAGACAAAUAUUCGUCCGUUUUUGGCCUCCACAACCCCCAACUUCCUGUUCUGCCUCAGCACCAACAACUUCAGCUGCGAGACGUACCAGACUGUCAUCAAGGCACUCAGCAGUCAAAUGGCAUUCAUGGACAGAGGACAGCAGCAAGCAGUCUACACUCAUUUCAUCCAGCCAUUCCUUUCAAGAAAUGACUCAUCAGAUCCUGGCUGUGUCUCCUUCAACAGAGGCAGUAAAGAGUGGCUCCAGGCAAACCUUGGCAAGUUCUCUGGUUUUGCAACACUUCGGGAUCUACAAGGUCUCAAUGCCAACUUCUCCAGCGUGGAGGUUGCAGAUCUUCUUACUUUCAGUCAGCUGGCUCAGCUCGCAGCAACUCCCUCACAUCUAAAGACGACGAUGGAUGUGACAAAUAUCAUGAAAGUCAUCAGCCCUGUCAACUUUGGUGCUUUCUUUGACAUCGUCUCACCAGCUAUUGAGGCUCACCCAGCCAAUUUCACAGUGGAGGUGAAAUCUUCCUUUCUCCAGGCAGUAUAUGACAGAGGGAAUUUGUCUUCUCCAGCUAUCAAUGACACAGAGUUCCUGCUGUGGCUCAGGCGACUGAGCCCUCUUCUGGUUAACCUCUCUCCCAGCCUGGUGACUUCUUUGUUUGACAUCGGGAAGAAAAGGGGGUGUUACAGCAGCGAAGAGAUAAUUACAUUGCUGGACACACAACGCUUGACACUCAGCAGCAGCACCCAACGCGAGAUCAACAAAAAUAUUCUGCAAUCCCUUCAAGUUCCAACGCCCCUUGAGUGUUACAAGGGUGGAAGCUUCUACAUCUAUCUGAAAAACACUUUUCACGGAUUUGAGUUUCCAGAUUUGUCUACGUUCACGUCGCUUCUGCCCCCAACACGGGAGUCAGAGCUCCUAAGUACCAUCAGCACCUCAGAGCUGCAUCAGUUCCUCAGUCGACCCAAUGUGAUUGACAACGAAUCUGACAUCUGCGUCAUAUUUAACAACUACAAAAACACUGCUGCCUUCCUAGAAAUUGAGGAUGUUCCAGAUGAUGUGAAGAUGAUGACCCUCCCCUGUGUUUGGCCUUUGGCGCUGAGCAGCAACAACCGGGACGAGGUUAAUUCCUGGUUUGAUGUGCGGUUGACAAAAUAUUUUAGAUUCCUCACCAAGACCCUCAUCAGCUCCAACGAAGUGCAGAAUGCGUCAUGCUUUGCCUUCCAAAAACUGGUCUCCGUAAUGGGAAAUAACUUCACAUACAACAACUCUGAGUUUGGACAGGCUGAUGUAUACACCACCAUCAGAACCUAUCUGGGAAAUGGCUCUGAAGCCAGAUGCUACAACGCCAAUGAUGCAGAACUGAAUUCUACCGCAUGGUUUGUCAAUAACAUCGGCAACUUUGUGACGUUUGCCACUGUUGAUGAUAUCAGCAACUUCAUAUCCACCAGUCAAACUGACGUUUUCUGGGUGGACCAAGCCAACCUGGAGCUCUUUAACAACGCAGCAAUUACACAAACUGUAACCGACUACUACAUCUUGAAUCUUUAUCAAUUUAACCCCACCUUCAACCCUCUGAAGGUUCCAGGUUCUUUCCUGUGCUCUCCUGAGGUCCCAAGUUCAGCAUAUUCAUCUGCCAGUGAAGCUGACACAAUACAAAUCUUGGAGGAGAUCAAGAAAUUCUGCAAUGGAACAGAGGAUCCUGAGGUAUCUGCUAUUCUGGCAUCCAACUUCAAGACCUUCACAAUGGAGACGUUUGCAAACCUGGGCAGUGCAAGUGCGGGCCUCAGCAGCAGCCAGAUCACUUCCAUUUCCUCUGAAGUGGUGGUUUCGUCUCUGUCCACCCUGGGCUCAGUCGACACCUGGAACCAGGGGCAGGCCAACAUAUUCAUCCAAAAAAUCAUCUCUUCACACUUCCAGCUCAACAAUGGAUUCUCCCUGGAAUCCCUCGGCACGCUCGUCGCUGGAGUUCCUUCAGGUUUAUUUGAGAACGUCUCAGCAACUGUGCUAUUCAGCAUCUCUCAGAACACCGUCUUUGUUAACAACAUGAUAGCAGCCCCGACAGUCAUCCAACACGUCUUCGUCCAAAAGAUCAUCUCUGUUGACCGAAGUGCAGCCGGCGUGGUGCAGAAUGUCCCCGAUGCCAUGGCAACUGAGAUUCCAUCGUCCUUGCUGGUAUUCUCUAAGCCUGUGGACUUCAGUAAGAUCAACAAAAAGACAUGGACAGGAGAGCAGGCUGCCAUAUUUUUUGAUUCACUGGGCGAAACAGACUUUGACACCGAGCAGCUAAAUCCAACUGUUCUGCAAGGCUUCACAUGUACCACAGUGAAGAAAAUGGAAAAGAAAAGGGUCCAAGGGCUGAUCCGUUCCUGUAGGCCAAGAAAAGGCAGGGCAAAGGUUCAGCUGGAGGAAACACAGCUGACAUGCAUGUACAACCUGCUCAAUGGAAGCCUCUCUCAGGACUUCACAGAAUAUCCAUCAGACAUGCUUAUCUACCUAAACAAAGAUGUUGAGGGUGCCAACUGCAGGUCAUACUUCACCGCAUUGGGUGCUGCAGACUUCACUGUGUCCUCCAGUGUUUUGAAGAAAGACUCAAAGCUAUUCAGCGAGGCCCAAAACUGCUUGGGUAUUAGAGGUGUGACUCUGAAAAGAAGCGACGUGGAGGUGCUAGGGAACAUGGUGUGCACUCUGGAAGGGUCUUACAUCGAGAACAGCGAUUCUAUGAUUUUGGAAAAACUCAAAGCCUGCAAGGACCUCUCCACCAGCCAGGUGGCUGCCAUAGAGAAACUGCUGCUGUCUGGGAAGACAAAAUACGGGGAUGUCACUACCUGGAAUGCGAAAACCCUGGUAGACCUCGGGGAGCUACCUCUUUAUUUAACGGAAAACUUCUGGGGCAGAUUCAAAACUAAAACAAAGAAAAGGUUCCUUAAGAGCUUUAUGCCAAAACAGAGGAAGAAGAAAGUAAAGAAGAGUAAGCUAAAGAAGCUGUUCAAACACAUCAGUUCCCGCAAGACAAAACGAGGAGCAGGCUGCACUGUGGGCAACAUCACCCAGGUGACAGUCAGUGACAACGCCUUCCCAUUUGGCUACGACCUGACUCAAUUCGACCUCUGUCUGGACAUCCCCAUCUUGAAGGAAAACCUGGACUCUAUCUGCCAGAAAGUGGACGACGAUGACUUUCAGACAGUCAUUCUGAGGAAAUUGAAUGAGGCUUACCCAUCCGGUGUUCCUGAAGAGCAAGUUCAGUUGCUUGGUUCAGUGUCUCGUGUGGCAACACUUAAUGACAUCUCCAAGUGGACAAUUACCAAAGUUGACACCCUGGCAGCACUUAUGAAAACCGAAGAUGGGUCAUUGGAGGCAGCAAAGAGCAAAGCAAUCAUCACCAAGUAUCUGGAGACCCCUGGAAACUCCCUUGGCGCAACUGAGCUGAACAGCAUCCACUCCAACCUAUGCUCAUUAAACAUCACACUGCAGAAUAUUAAGCCAGACAGUAUCAGCAAUGCCAAACCUCUGAAUUUGGCGUCAUGUUCAACGGAGCAGAAGAAAGAACUGUAUGAGAUCAGUAAAACCGCCUUCCUCUCACAUAGUUCCCAAUCCUCUACUUACUACAACUUGAUUAAGCCCUAUCUAGGUGGGGCACCUCUGUCAGAUGUAGUAGAGCUGUCAAAGCAGGACAUCAACAUGGACGUGAACACUUUCCAGAGUCUGGACCCCAACGUGAUUUCUAAAUUGACCGUGCCCGAGGUGGCAGCCCUCAUGAGAGUCACUGUACAAGAUCUGAAGGUGUUUGAGAAUGCUACUGCGGUUCACACCUGGAGAAACUUGCAGCUCCAGCAUGAGCUGGACAAAUUGGGUCUGGGCCUAAUCACCAGCAGAGCCAGCCCAACCACUGCAACACCAAACUCCAAGACCACCAAAUACCCAGCUACUGUAAAAACUACAAAAGCUAAAGCAACCGUGGCUGCGACAGUGAAACCUACACAAGCUAAAGCAACCGUGGCUGCGACAGUGAAACCUACACAAGCUAAAGCAACCGUGGCUGCGACAGUGAAACCUACACAAGCUAAACCAGCUGAAACCACAACCCCAAAGGUGACAACAACAACAGCACAAGGUAACGCCACAAGUGGGGGAGCACAGCUUGCCAAACACCCAACAUCCAUGUUCCUGGCUGUUCUGCUGACAACUGUGCUGCUGCAACUACUACAAUAACCAUCAUAAAUACAUAUAAAACUUACUUAUCAUGCUCAUUAAUAAUCAGUAACUGCUCAAUACAUUUUUCAGUAUGUUCUUUAUGUUAGAGUGAGAUUUGUCAAUAAUAUGUUGGUUAUUUAUAACCCUGAAGUAAAUUGUUGUAUUUCUCCUCAUUACUCUUAAUGUUUAAAAUUGAAGGAAUGUAAAAUAAAUAUAAUAUGUUUAAAGGUGAUGGGUCACUAUAUAUUCCACUUACUGGAAUUUUGAAAUUUUAGCACUUCUUAUAUUAACCUUUAUUUUUGAUCAUUAUUAAAAGCUUAAGUGAAUGAAAAAUACAUCUCUUAAAAUGCACUUUAUUGUCUUUUAUUGUAACUGCAAUGCUACUCCUCAAAUUAAUAAAUGCUAAUUAACCAA